AUGGAUGCAGGUAGGGAGGUUAAGACGAGGCUUAAGAUGGAUGGAUUGGAAGGACGGAGAGCAGGGAGGAGGCGGGACACAGAAGGUGUGGCAGCUGUGGGCGAGGCUGUGGGGAUAGGUGUGGCAAAGGAGUCAGCAGCAGGCUUGGACCUAGACUUGACGGAGAGGCUCGGUGCAAUUCUUGCUGCUGCCUCGGGUCGUGCUGCUGCUGGGUCUGUUGGUGGCAAUGCUGGUAACAGUCUGGCUGGAGCUGUCAGAAAUGUGGCUGCUACUGCUGCUGCUGGCAAUAACUCUGCUGCUGGUGACAUCAUGGCUGCUACUCCUACUGCUGUUGCUGCCAUGCCUCCUGCUCCCGAUGUGACUGCUCUUGGAUCAGCUCUUGGUGCAACUGCUGCAGGUGUCCGUGCAGGAAAAAGAACGAGAGAGGGGCAGGGAUAUGGGGAAGACGGGGAAAGAGAACCUAGGGGAGCAGGGGGAGAAGGGGGGAAGGGAGAAAGUGGAGAGCGUGGGGGAGCGGGUGAGAAGGGAGCUGGAGGAGCGGAAGGGGGAGAGGAGGGGGAAGCAGAGUCGGCGGAGGGAGGGGAAGACGGCGAGGGGAGCGGGAACAAGAGAAAGAUGCGGCUAUCGCAGGAGCAGCAGAGCACAAUGGAAGCGGUAUUCAGGAAAACCCCGAGGCUCACUCCCAGGGAAAAGAGUGCUCUGGCAGGGCAGCUGGGCGUGCGGGUGAGGCAAGUGGAGGUGUGGUUUCAGAACCGCAGGGCUCGCACCAAGGUGAAGGAUACUGAGGUGGAGCUGGACGGCUUGAGGCGGCGCUGCCAGACACUAGCUGACAAAAAUCGCCGCCUCAGGGAGAGGCUCGCGGUAAGCUGUUGGGGCCUUGCUGUUUAUUUCGUUGUUUCCAUGUGA